CCUCAUUCCUGUGAUAACAAGUGAGUUGGAACAAUUCAUCGUCUACGUCAACGAGUCUCAGGUCAAAGCUUAAAAUCAUCAACGUUUCAAGAUGCCUCCAUCUCACUACCUGGCUAUCCUCGUGUAUUUACAAUUGUCAACAGCAAUAAUUGGUCACGAAAAUUUGAAUGCUUCUUGUGUCCAAUUUGAUGAAUCGAAACUAGCCGAUGUGUUGCAUCUGAUUCGUGAACCCGCCAUCAACACCGUUGAAAUAAUAUUGACCGUUGCUUCCGUGAACAGAACCCGCGUUUUCCCUGAAAUGAAGUGGCCUUGGACGAAUGAAAUUGGUCGCACCUUAAUCUCUUUGACUUCCCGCGCUAAAGCUAGCGUCUUCUCUUCGACGAUUUUUACUUAUUUCUUAGAAGUCGGGAUGAAAAGAGUUUCCAUUGAAGUGACGGAAAAAAUUAUUGGUUGUUUACCCCCUGGAAAAAAUGGAUCAGAUCGAGUUUUUUCCGACCUUUUAGAAAAGCUUUUUUUACACAUUGAAGAUGAAGAAAAAGGCGACUAUUACAAACUAUGUCGUCCUCAUGAUAUUGAAGGACCCGUUCAGUUUAACUGUUGUCGAAUUAUCGGCGAUAGCAAGUUGACGAUCUGCGCUGAUUAUUCUUCUAUUGUGCUCGAUUUUGCUGUUAGUGCAUCAAUAGCCGCGGUGGUAAUCUUCUCUACAUUGACAUUACCUCUUUUGUUGGAGCAUAUAAUAAAUUACCCAGACAUGACGAGCUAUAAAACCUCGGGCAGUCAUAUGUCUCUUACUUCCAUUGUUUCUAUGGUCCUUUUCGAAGGCGACGGAUUACCUACUUCUCUUUUCAGGCGGUGUUUUUUCGUUGCACUUACAUUUGCUGUGUUUUAUCCAGCUAAUUUUUUCAAUAACUCGAUCUUCUUGUUUGCGUAUAUUAUAUGGGCUGGGUUUUUUUGUUUUGUAGAUGGCUUAAUUUUGCCAUGUUUUGAGCAGAAGAUGAAAAAAUGUAAAUUUAGAGAAAAUCUAAUUUCCUCUAUCACAAUUCCAAUAUCUCUUCUUUUUGAUCUCUACAAACGUUCAAAACGUUCAAUACGUUUAAGGAUGAGUUGUAGCGCUUGCGGUGGGACAAUUCUUCUUUUAUCAAUUUCUAUACCCCUUGUAUUAUUUUGUUUUGCCCUUGUAUUAUUUUGUUUUGCUAAAUUUGUUAUAUUUGAUUUCAUAUUGACUUUUGUUUUUCCUUCUACUUGCAAAUGUGAUAAAGUUAUGCUUUUAAUUUUAAAUAUUAUAGAGGCUGUUAUAAGAGUUUUAACUUUGGCAAUUAUCGUCAUUUUUACUGGAUCAAUUCUUUUAUUCGUUCUUUCUCUAACUGUCGGGUUGAUUCUCAACGGAGAGUUCUUUAAUCCUUUCUUUGCUCCCGCUGUGACUCUGAUAAUCUUUUUUUGGAAAAAUUGGCAGUUUUCAGUUGAAGCGCCAUGUUUGCAACUUAAAACGUUAAUCAUCGACGUUUGCAAAGAGAAAGCUAAGAUAGACGACACCUACGAGAGCGGGAUUGAUUUUAACAACCAAACAACAUCAAAAACAUGCUGUGCCGAUUGUUGUUGCUGCUGUUGCGAUAGCUGUAAUCCCUUAUUGAAUUUUCUAUCCUCGUGCUGUUGUUGCCAUUCGUGCUGUUGCCAGUGUGAUUCAGAUGACAAUAACAAUCAAGAAAAAGAAAUACUCGCUAUCAAAUUUGACAUGAAUACUGGUGAGGCAAUGAUCUCGAUAAAACUUUACGAAGAAGUCAGCAGACAAGUUCUUCCUUUGAGCGAUCUCCUGUUUCGUUUUUUCGGAAGAAUCCUCUUCGUCUCGGUAUACGCUGGGAUUAUGUUAAUUGUCUUGAUUCUUGGGAAAGAAUCUGGGGUUUCUGGAAGUCUUCAAGCAAUCAGCGCCAUAGUUGCUAUCCUGAUUCCGUUUAUUUUUGACACCAUUUACGCAGAUCAUCAUUUGGCACAAAAGAACUCGAAUAACAUGGCAAUGAGAGAAAAACUUAAACAUAUUAUAUGGAUAGUUUAUAAAGGAGAGAAAAACGUAAUAGUUGUUAAACUGAAGAAUUCAACCACAAAUGUCGAACAAUUGUUGCAAUCACUCAAACCAUCGUGGAAAACAAUUAACGAGUCGUUGGCAUCAAUCGAAAAAUCGUUACCAACAUUCGAACUAUCGUGUAAAACAAUUAAAGAGUCGUUGGAACUAAUCAAAACAUCGUUAACAACAAUCGAACAAUUGCGACCAACAAUCGAACAAUUGCGACCAACAUUCGAACAAUCGUGGGAAACAAUCAAAGAGUCGUUGGAAUCAAUCGAAAAAUCUUUACCAACAAUCGAACAAUUGCGACCAACAUUCAAACAAUCGUGGGAAACAAUCAAAGAGUCGUUGGAAUCAAUCGAAAAAUCUUUACCAACAAUCGAACAAUUGCGACCAACAUUCAAACAAUCGUGGGAAACAAUCAAAGAGUCGUUGGAAUCAAUCGAAAAAUCUUUACCAUCAAUCGAACAAUCACAACCAACAUUCAAACAAUCGUGGGAAACAAUCAAAGAGUCGUUGGAAUCGAUCGAAAAAUCUUUACCAACAAUCGAACAAUCACAACCAACAUUCAAACAAUUGUGGGAAACAAUCAAAGAGUCGUUCGAAUCAAUCGAAAAAUCUGUACUAUCAAUCGAACAAUCGCGACCAAUCGAACAAUCGUGGAAAACAAUCAAAGAGUCGCUCGUACCAAUCGAAAAAUCUCUACCAACAAUCGAACGAUCGCAACCAACCAAACAAUCGUUGAAAACAAUCAAAGAGUCGCUCGUAUCAAUCGAAAAAUCGCGACCAACCAUCCAACAAUCGUGGGAAACGAUCAAAGAGUCAUUAGAAUCAAUGAAAAAUUCUUUACCAACAAUGGAACAAUCGCAAGCAACAAUCGAAAAAUCGCGAGCUGCAAUCGAACAAUUGCGGGAAACAAUAAAAGAGUCGUUGGAAUCAAUCGAAAAAUUGUUACCAACAAGCAAACAAUCGCGAUCAACAAUGGAACAAUUGCAAGCAAUAAUCGAAAAACCGUUGCCAACAAUCGAACAAUCGCAACCAAAAAUCAAGCAAUCGUGGCAAAAAAUCAAGCAAUCCUGGAAAACAAUCACACAAACGUUUCAAACAAUCGUGGGUUUGUGGCGUAUCCAAUCCCCAUCAACAAGCCAACAAUCCCCAUCAACAAGCCAACAAUCCCCAUCAACAAGCCAACAAUUCCCAUCAACAAGCCAACAAUCCCCAUCAACAAGCCAACAAUCCCCAUCAACAAGCCAACAAUUCCCAUCAACAAGCCAACAAUCCCCAUCAACAAGCCAACAAUUCCCAUCAACAAGCCAACAAUUCCCAUCAACAAGCCAACAAUCCCCAUCAACAAGCCAACAAUUCCCAUCAACAAGCCAACAAUCCCCAUCAACAAGCCAACAAUUCCCAUCAACAAGCCAACAAUCCCCAUCAACAAGCCAACAAUCCCCAUCAACAAGCCAACAAUUCCCAUCAACAAGCCAACAAUCCCCAUCAACAAGCCAACAAUUCCCAUCAACAAGCCAACAAUCCCCAUCAACAAGCCAACAAUUCCCAUCAACAAGCCAACAAUCCCCAUCAACAAGCCAACAAUCUCAAUCAACAAACGAACAAUCAUGGGGAAAAAUCGAACAAUUGUGGGAAGAAACCGAGAGAUUGUGGCAAAAAAUUGAACAAUCAGAAGAAACAAUCGAACAACAAUGGCAACCAAUCAAAAAUUCAUGGUCGACAAUAGAAAAAUUGUGGCAAGAAAUAGAACAAUGGUUGCAAAAAUCGUCGCGAAAAAUCGAACUCUUGCAGGAAGUUCAGGAACAAUCGUCGCGGAGGGUCAAACUCUCAGUUCAAGAAGGCAAACAAUUGUUGCAGACAAUCAAACUCUUGCAACAAGAAAUCGAACAAUCGCCGCAAACAAUCAAACAAUCGUGGGAAAAAAUCAAACAAGCGUCGGAAACAAUCACAGAAACGUCGCGAACAAUCCUGGAUAAAAUUAAAAGACCGCCAACAAACGAACAACCCCCAUCAGGGAAAACAAUCGAAAAAUUGUUGAAAGAUAUAGCCGAAUCGAUGGGAAAAAACGAAGAUUUGUUGGAAAGUUUCGAACAAUCGUGGAAAAUGAGGAACGAACAAUCGGAGGAAACAAUCGAACAAGUAUGGCAAGCAAUCAAAAAAAGAUGGUUAAAUAUAAAAAGUUUAUGGCGAGAAGUCGAACAAUGGUUGUCAGAAACGUCGCAAAUAAUAAAACACUCGCCGCAAGAACCCUCGGAAGAAGUCAAACUUUUGAAGCAAGCAAUCGAAAAAUCGUCCCAAACAGUCACCCUCUCGCAGCGAGAAAUCGAUCAAUCGUUGCACACAAUCGAACUCACGCAGCAAGGAAUGCGGACAAUCAAACUCUUGCAGAAGGCAAAUGAAGAAUUGUCGCAGACAAAAGAAAAAAAUGAAAGAAUAAUCGAAGAAUCGUCCCGAACAUUAGAUCAGUGGUCACGACCGUCGAACAAUAGUGACCAACGCAAUAUCAAUCCUAGCGAAGAUAUUGAGAUGCGUAUCAGAUAA